AGGCUGCUCGCGAAAACAGAGAUCCCCUGCCGCACACACCAAUAUUUUUCGCACGCGCCCUUAUUUCGUCACAACUGCUUCUCUUGGAUCUGGUCUUCUUUCUUGGUACGCCGGUGGUUAAACAAUUGUUGUUACAGUCAUUCCAGACUUGAUAACGAAGAUCAUCUUACUUCCGAUUUGCCUGUUUUAUCUAUCAAACACACCUUUUCGUUUUAUUUAUAGUGUAGUUGAGAGGAGGAGCUUCACUUUUUGAAGUAAGUUGAUGUUGUGCACAAGACGAUAACUGCUUCUCUAGUCGUUCUUUCACGAGAAAAUGUAUCUUGACUUUUUUGAGUUUUCCAGUAGGCGAACUACGGCGCCUUAUUAAUUAUGAACGAAAGAUGUGUGGAAGAACAGGGCCUUCUGAAAUAUCUGCGUUCACUCUGAAGCCGCGGGAGAGGGGGGAGCCUCAGGAUGACCGUACUGUCGGAGGAGCUUGGGCGUUCCGUGAUUAGGAGAGAUAAGAAGAAGGCCAAAACUGCCACAUUGGAUGGUAGAUCCCAACCUAACCUAACCUAAAGCAAGCCAUGGAGGAUGCAGAGGGUGGGCACAGUAAGGCGCCAGCCGAGGAGGUGCGGCGGCGGAAACGCACGGAUGAGGAGAAAGAGGUCAUGCGGCACCAGAUGAAGAUGCACGGGAUGCUUGCGAGCAAGGGGCGCGUGCUGAAUCCAACAGCGCAACUGGGGAACCGUGGUGAUAGUAGAUUGCGGACGUCAACAGUAGGCCAGAGCGCGCGUUCGAGUGCUGCAAGCAGUAGCCGAGGUCCUGGGUCUGCAGCGACUCAGAAUUCUUACGACCUUCCGCCGCGCGAAGAUUUGUUUGUCGGGGCUGGGCCUCAAGCUGGCGGGAAGACACCAGGCGGAAGCGCGACCAUAGACGAUGAUGAAGAGUCGGUCGUGAGCCAGGUAAGCGAAGGGAGCAACAAGUUGCUCUAUGCGCCGCGUGGGGCGCCGUCCGAACCACUACCCUGGAUGAAGAAAAGCCCCGUUCGAGCUUGCGGUGAUAGUAAGAGCGACGAUGUCUCUGGAGCGAAGAAGGCUUCCGCAAGUGGAACGGCUAAACAAAGUCGAAGCUCAUCAUCAAAGUCAUACAGUAACAAGGUGUUCCCAUCUUCGGGGCCGGGUGCAUUCACGAUCACGGACGAACAAAUUUCGGGUGUUACAUCGGAAACUAGUACCGUUGGGAAGCCUUCGAAUAGCGCAGCUGCUAGAGAUCGGAGAAGUGCGAGUAGCAAGUGGCAAACGGGUGCUGUUUCGUCAGAGAGCACAACGCCUACAAGGGUUGCAGCACCUGUUGACAGCACUCGAACGCCCACGGUAGGAGCCGUAGCAGGUGCUACCACGCCUUCGCUAGAGGUGGUUUCCGUAUCCAGUAGUGCAAGCACCUCCCCAUUGAGAGCGAGCGCCGGCAGCUCCGCGACUCGGGUUAGCGGCAAACAAGACACAACCCCACGAACUACGGCGAGCAAAGAGUCUUUGCGGUUGGGAUCCAAACGAGGCGUCUUUGACAUCGUCGGAGGCUCUGCAACAGCUUCGACAAUAGCAGAGAAACCAAGUACUUCAUCUAGUCCGCGGAGAAAAUACACACGGCGCGACUUCGAGACGGAGUUUCGAUUGAAUUUUGGCAAGAUCUUUUCCGAACGCGAAAGGAGGCAAAAGCGGCACAAGCGAAAGGAGCAGAUCCAGUCUAUGAUAGAGUUGGCGCGGCAUUGUCGGUCACCUUCGAAGGUUCGCUCACCGUCCAAGGACCAGCUGAGUCGUCGUGGUUCCGGUGUUUCUUCCGUAUAUUCAGGCAUCAGCGAUGAUGUGUCGACGCUUUCUCGGAGAAUAGAGGAGCUAAACGAGGAGGACGAUAUUUACACCAUUUCAAACGGAGGCUCUGGCACGCCUCUCUGGUCGACACCUAGUGGGAGUCCUCGCGACGACGGAGUCGCAACCUCUAGCGUUCAGCAAUCUACGUCGAAGGACCCAGGAGAAAGGCGAAAUGCAUCAUACUUUGGGCGAUUGAUGAGUCGUCUGUUCGGUUGGGGGCGCAGCGGAAAAGACUCUUCGACGUCGCAACGAGCGCCAAAGCCGCGGCCAGUGCAAGUCAAGUACAUAAAUGAUGAUGAUGAUGUGCCUGACCGAAGUCCUUUGCGAGCACCAUCGGAGAGGCAUACCUUUCAAGAACCUUUGCCCCCUGCAACGGGUGCGGUUUUACAGGCCAUGCGUCAGCCGCAAAGCUCUGCAAAGGCCCGUCAUACAAACGCGCAAGGCUUGAGAGACUUGGAUAACAUGUUCAAAUAACAUUUAUGCGCCUCCUUGAUCCUGGAUACUCACACCCGUUUGUCGUCCCUCUGUUUGCCCUGACCCUAAGGAAAUUCCACAUGCAUUAAAUCAUGUUCUAUCAUGACAUGGAAACUUUGUAUCGCCAGCUCAGUGCAUCAGCUUCUGCUUCCAGCAG